AUGAGCAGGCCUCCAGCAACAUCACGCAAGGUCAGGCGCGUGCUGGCGCUACUGGCGCUGUUAUUGGCGUGUCAGCCAGAGCCUAAGACCGGCGCUUUGAACAGUGUCAGAGGUGUUCCCGAACAGCUUCAGGCUAGCAACGCAGACGGCGCGGGCUUUGCUUGGAGCGGGGGCCGUGCCCUUUCCAAGGCUGGCCGUGGUGAGGCCGAAGGCAAUGAAGACGACAAGGCCACAGCAAGCUUCGAUCAGGCGGGCUCCGUGAAGGCUGCUGCCUCAGCACAGACCGCUGACCCGGUUGAAGAUGCCAAGCAGGCUUCGGAGCCUUCGGAAAGUGAGGGCGAAGAUAAGGAGCAGGCCUCUGCGACCGACCCGGUCGAAGAUGCCCCCAAGGACGAGCAGCUGCAGAAGACUCUGGAGAACGAGGAUUUGGACCAACGAGUCCGAAGACUGGCCAUUGAUGAGAUGGCCAAUGCGGCCGAAGCAAGACUCGAUAAGGCCAAGAAGGAGCUCAGGGAUGCGAAGUACAACGCCAAAGCAAGCGUCCAGGUUGAAAGCACUUUGACAGACAUGGCAUUGGUGGUGAAAGCAGCGGUAAAGGAAGCAAUGGUCACCGGGCUGACGGUCUCUCAGACUGCUCUGUGGAAAGACGCGUAUGGACCCGACACCAAAGAUCAAGAACUACGGGAACGCACUGGCGAGCCUGCCCUUGAUGCCAAACAACUAAGCAGUCUUACCGGGCAGAGCACGGAGAAGGACCUGGUGAAUUUCACUUUGCCCAUCUUGAGAUCGUUGUUCCCAGAGGACAAGAUCGUCGACUCGCAAAAUCGCCGUUGGCCUGGAAGCGGCUUGUCACCUGAUUUGUUUCGAUGUAUGGUGUGCGAUGGCAAUGCAUCUAGUGGCACGCCGUACAAGGAGAUGCUCGAUUGUGUGUCUGUCUUUGAAGCGAAGUUGGCGAUCAAGGAUGACAGCCGUGGUCAGCUGUAUGAGUAUCUAUGUCGCCUUCCUUCCAAGCAUGCAAGGGGCAUGGUUUUCGAUAAACGCGGCUUUGAGCUGUACCACGUGGCUGGGCAACCUGGGAGCCGCAAAGCGCUCUUAGAAAGGAUUUGUGGGGCUUGGUCCGCUCCUGGAGGGAAAAAGCUCCUACGCGAUUUUCUUUCUCAGUACAAUCCAUGGGAACGGUUGUUGCGCCAAUCUCUGCGACAGGCUGGCGCUGUUCCCAUUGCUUUCCUAGGCAGCGGAGCAUUCGGACGUGUUUUGGAAGCGCAACGCAAGCGAGAUGAGGAAAUUGAACGGAUUGCCAUCAAGGCCGUUCUCGCAGUUGGCGUGCCAACCGGAUUCAGCCCCGGAGCGGAGGUCGAAGUCAUGAAGAGGGCCUGCGAGCAGGGCUGCCCAGUAGUGGCUCCUUCAUCAGACUGCAUCGAGGUCGUAGAAAGCGACAAGGUUCUGGGAUGGUUUCACAUCCUCGGUGAUGUUGGUACGCCGGUACCAGUCGACACGGCCCAGGCGAAGUGGCGAGACCUUGUCGAAGCCUUGCGCCAACUACACUUGAAAGGCUUCGUCCAUGGAGACCCACGCCUCGCAAACGUAGUUUUGCUCGGUGACAAAUUUAAGUGGAUCGAUUUUCUGGGACAACCAGUUUUCACGAGGGCUUCGCAGGAGACGGACAUUCAGAUCCUCAUGACUGAUCUGGUUGGCCAAAAAGACCCGGUUCAGUUUGGCCAGCAGUUUGAUGGAUGGCCAAAAAAUUCAGCCUUCAUCGGUAAUGUGCUGCAGCCAUUGAUGUCUUCUGUCACAAGGUGA